AUGGCGUCAAUCUUAGAACCGCAGACUGGAUAUAGUCGUUCACCAUCUAUAUCGCUCAGUCGACUUCCAACAUUAGACCGCGAACAGCACCUACCCCAACCAGUCAUAACAUCUUCACAAGAGCAAAUCUCAAACUCCAAAGCAACAACAAUAGCCAUCGCCUCCUUCAUAAUCGUCUUCACAUGCUGCGGCAUAACCUUCUCCUUUGGUAUCUACCAAGCCCUCUACGAAACUUUGUCGCACGAACCCAACACCCCCUUCACGGGUGCUUCUCCCGCGUUGAUCGAUCUAAUCGGCACCACAGCAGUAGGUAUCAUGACCAUCGGCGGCCCUCUAGCCGUCGGGUGGGCAAAAACCUUCUCCCCAAGGAAAGUAUGCUUGAUGGGGGCUAUGAUUUUUACUAUGGCGCAUAUAUUUGCUAGCUUUGGCACGAAGCUGUGGCAUUUUGCGUUGACGCAGGGCGUGUUGUUGGGCCUGGGCACGUGUUUGGCGUAUAUGACCUCCGUAACCGUUGCGCCGACAUGGUUUACGACUCGAAGGGGGUUGGCGAUGGGUAUUAUCCUUUCUGGUACGGGGAUUGGAGGACUCGUAUGGGCGCCCGCACUCAAGGCAUGCGUUGAUGCGAUCGGGUAUCGCAACACCCUCAGGCUAACGGGCGCCGUUUCGUUUGUGCUGAAUACCGGCGCCGGGGCGGCCAUGACCUGCGAACCGAGCCGCAAAGCUCAGAACGAGAUUGAGCGAAGAGCGCAAGCCAUGACGACAACACACUUCGCCGUUCCGCUUGUUGAUUGGAGAUUGAUGAAGACCAGGAAAUUCAUUGCGCAGGCGUCGGGCGCUGUGUUUCAGGGCGCUGCGUACUAUAUCCCCGUCUUCUUCUUUGCGACGUAUGCGUCUACUUUGGGGUAUAGUGAUACCGCCGGCGCGAAUUUUAUUGCUCUCAGUAAUGCGUGUAAUGCAAUUGGCAAGAUCGUUAUUGGAUACGCAGCCGAUCGCUAUGGGAGGUUGAACGUGUUGCUCCUUACGACGAUUAUAAGCGCCAUUUCGGCGCUGGUGUUUUGGGUGCCCUCCACGCUACUACCAUUUGCAUCACACCAGGAAGCUUCUCGAGGUCUGUUCAUCGCUUUUACCAUCUUCUACGGCGUAUUCGCCAGUGCGUACGUUGCUCUUUUCCCGACCAGUCUGGUAGAAUUGUUUGGGCCGCAGAAUUUUGCGUCUGUGAAUGGGUUUCUGUAUAUGCUCAGGGGUCUUGCGACGAUGGUCGGGACGCCAGUCGGCGGGUUGCUAAUUCGUGGAUCCACGACUGCGGCGGUCGUGACGCCGAGGAUGUAUGAGGGUAUGUCGGUGCUGGUGACUAUGCUGUUGUUUGCGACUGCUUUUUCAGUGGUGUGGGUUAGGCUUGAGGCCAUGGUUGGGCCGGAUGGGAGGGCGAAUUGGAAGUGGAGGUUGUAA